CUAGCUGAGCUUUUAUGCCAUAGACAAAAUAAUUUAAGGCUGAAUGAAUGUUUCCUUAAUUUAAUUUAUAAAACUCUAUAAAAAAAAGGUCUUUUCUAGUUGUCAUCAUCUAGCUCCUCAUUCUUUCUUUCCUUUUUAUCAGGGGAAAAAUGGCCGAUAAUAAAUUGUAUGAGAUUUUAGGUGUUUCUAGAAAUGCAAGUGAAUCGGAUAUUAAAAGGAGUUACCACAAGUUGGCAAAGGAAUUUCAUCCAGAUAAAAACCCUGCUGCAGGUGAUAAAUUCAAAGAGAUAAGUUAUGCAUACGAAGUUUUGUCAGAUCCUAAAAAGAGACAGGUGUACGACAAAUACGGGUUGAAAGGGUUACAAGAGGGCGGACAAGGUGGAGGAUAUCCCGCCGAUGACCUCUUCAGACAUUUCUUUGGUGAUAUAUUUGGAAUGGGCGGUGGCAGCCGCGGCCGCGGGCCAACCCGUGGAGAAGAUACUUUGCACCCCCUCAAAGUAUCUCUUGAAGAUAUGUAUGUCGGGAAAACAACGAAGCUACAAUUAAGUAAAAACGUGAUUUGUGGUCCGUGUAAAGGUAUCGGCGGAAGGCCUGGAUCUGUUGUGUCCUGUAAAGAUUGUCAUGGACAGGGUAUUAAAGUGUCUUAUCAGCAGAUUGCACCACACAUGACUCGCCAGUAUCAGGCGCGUUGUCCCACAUGCCAUGGACAAGGAGAGACUAUUAAUGAAAAAGACAAAUGCCCUAAAUGUAAAGGAAAGAAAGUCCUAAAUGAAACAAAAAUACUUGAGGUCCACGUUGAGAAAGGAAUGAAGGAAAACCAGAAGAUUUACUUCAGAGGAGAGGGUGAUCAGCAACCUGACACUCAACCAGGUGAUGUUAUCAUCCUGUUGCAACAAAAACCUCAUGAUGUGUUUCAGCGGACUGCAGAUGAUCUUGUGAUGAAACAUGAAAUAAACAUAACUGAAGCAUUAUGUGGUUUUGAGUUUGUUGUUAAACAUUUAGAUGGUAGAGACUUACUUAUUAGACAUACUCCUGGUGAAGUAAUAAAGCCUGGUAACCUUAAACGUAUACCAGGUGAAGGCAUGCCCCAGUACAAGAAUCCAUUUGAGAAGGGGGAUCUGUACAUCCAGUUUGAUGUGGUGUUUCCAGAGAAUAAUUUUGCAACUGAAGAACAGCUUAAGCAAAUAGAAAGUAUUCUGCCUCCUCGGCCAGCUUUUGUAAUGCCCACAGGGGAAGAUGUGGAGGAGGUGAACUUGAUGGAGUACACGGCAAGUGAGCGCGGCAGAGGCCGAGAAGAGGCUUAUGCAAGUGAUGAUGAGGAACAGAUGCAAGCUGGGCCGGGUGUGCAAUGUGCUCAUCAGUAGUCUAAUUGUACUAUUCUACACAUUUGUUUUCAAACCUCACACUAUGUAAUUUUAUCAUAGGUAGUGUAAUAUAAAUUUCAAAUAAUGCUACACUGUUAAAGUUCAGUAAUGCUAGAACAAUUCAACAAAUUGCUUUAUAAUAAUUUAUUAGGUAUUUGUUAAUUUGUUGCAAAUUCUGAAUUUUCUUACCAGCACAUUGACAUCGACCUAACAUUGAAUUUGAUAAAAUGUACACAGUAAUUUCUGAGAAAAUUUUCACAACAUACAUAGUCCAAGGUCUAAUAUUGUUCUAAAAUAAACUUAUUUGAAAAUAUGUUGGCUAAAAUUUUUUUACAAAACAAAGGAGACAUGUAUGUCAUCAUUUUUCCUAUUCAUUCUUUUAUUUCAACAUUGGUGUAGAGGAAUUAUUGCUGGGUAUAUAUUAAAUGUAUUACAUACUUAUUUAUUUAGAUAUUAUGUUAUUUUACUUUAUUUUACAAUAAUCUGCUAUACACUUUUUUUUCCUCAAUUUUUGUAAACCAUCAGACCUUGAACUUUUUGUAUGUUACAGAAACAAUUAAUUCAAAAUCACAACUAUGUAUAGGCCAUUACCUAGAGAUUCAUGACAUGAGACAACUAAGUAAAUUAAUGAUUUGAAUGACAACACAAACAUGAUGCUGAAGUUUUAGUUAGUAAAUGUAAUUAUAUACUCAACUGUAUAGGGGCAAUGAACUUCAUAAUUUUAUUUUUAAUACCAUGGAUUAAUAUUAGCUAGAAGUCAAAAAGUAUAAGUCAUUUUUAAUUGGAUACAGUCCUUUAAAAGCCUUGUGAUUUUAUUUACAUCACAGUUAAAAUAUGGCUCAGUGUAAAUUGCAAUAAUUCAUAUUUUUAUGAAGCCUCAUUGUUUUCCAAUCAUAUUUAUUGAAAGUUACUUUUAAAGUCUGCUACCUAUAUAACUAAUUUUAGAUUGUGCAUGAAGGUGAAAAUGCUAGUGAUUUUUCAUGUAAUUCAUUCCAGGGACAUUGUAUGGCUGAGACAAAUAACCAUUAAUAGUAACUUUAAA